GAGACCACAGCCAGCACAAGAGGGACAACUCUGAAUAUUAUCGAGCAGCACAGCCGUGACUGGAUCCUAAUCGAGACCUGAAAAUGGCCGUCCACCGACUCGAGGCUGUAUUCGCUGCCAAAGGUGCUUCAAGGUGUGCGAGAGUCUGCCCACUGUCCCAUGGCUCUGCAGGAGCUGGGCAUCAGCCUAUCCAUGAUAGGUGUUGCUGGGACCAUCCUGAUCUGCGCUCUGCCCAUGUGGAAGGUGACAGCGUUCAUCGGCACCCACCUGGUAGUCAUGCAGGUGUUCUGGGAGGGUCUGUGGAUGACCUGCGUCAGUGAGUACACAGGUCAGCUGCAGUGCAAGCUUUAUGACGCCCUGCUGGACCUGUCACCAGACCUCCAGGCAGCCCGGGGCCUCAUCUGCAUCAGCCUGGUUCUGGGAUGUUUGGGAUUCCUCAUCUUCCUCCUGGGAGCACGCUGCACCAACUGCCUGAGCCACCCGAGUAUAAAGGUUCGGGUGGUGUUGAGCUCUGGGGCCAUCUUCUGCCUGGCAUCCCUCACCACCAUAGUUGCUGUUUCCUGGACGGCCAACUCCAUCAUCAGUGACUUCCACAACCCACGGGUCCCUGAGGUGCUGAAGAGGGAACUUGGAGCAGCCAUUUACAUCGGCUUUGUGACCUCCGGGCUGCUGUUCUGUGGGGGAGUCAUCCUGUGCACAAGCUGCCCGCCACAGCCGGCCAGGUUCCCCUCCGGUGGGUACACACAGGCCAGGAUCCCCACACACAGCAGCUAUGCCAUCAAGAACUAUGUGUGACGUGAGGACAGAGGGUGGAACACACACACACACACACACACACAUCUUGAACACUGCGUGAUGGGAUGCAUUCCAUUUAUAGAUACUGAAAAACAUAAACCAGUACAUGAACACUUUUAAAUACAGGAAAGGACUGUGAAGGUAUGAUUAGCAAUACAUUCCAAUAUGCUGCCAUUUUCCCACAAGGUUAAACAAAUGACAGUUAUCAGUACAGAUACUGUGGUUCUGUCCACAGUGGUGUCACUGCCAGCCGUGUGCAGAUGUUUGUCACAUUUUCUGGGCAUGAAAUGUGCUGUUGAAUCAUUAGAGCUCCAUAAAGGGGAAUGUAAAUUUUACUGCAAUCUGUCCCAGUGAAUUAUAUGGAUUUUCAUGGUCUCGUGUAUGAAGUAUGCAUCUGUAGCUGUUUCCUCUCACACAGAAAAGUGGAGAAUAUCUUUGUAACCCUGUAGCUGAAUGUGCAGACAUUUUGUGUGCUUGUGAUUUGCAUCGUAGAAUUCAAAAAUAAACACCACAGAGUAAACAUGUGCCAAUUCAAU